GACAGACAUCAGGCGAGGGCUAUAUUCCUAAGUUACGAACCGACCGAAAAAGCUACUAAAACCUUGAUAUUUGUUGGAAAGGGAGUCACUUACGACACCGGAGGGGCUGACAUCAAAGCCGGUGGUAUUAUGGCUGGUAUGCAUCGCGACAAGUGUGGAGCGGCAGCUGUGGCCGGACUGUUCCAGACUGUGGCUCAACUGAAGCCCAAAAAUACUCGAGUGUUGGGUGUGAUGGCAAUGGUUCGCAACAGCAUUGGUCCCAAUUGUUAUGUGGCCGACGAGAUCAUCACUUCCAGAGCUGGCGUUAGGGUUCGCAUCGGAAACACUGACGCCGAGGGCCGGAUGGCAAUGGUUGACUUCGUGGCCCACUAUAGGGAACAGAUCCUCAAAGAGAAUUACGUCAAUCCCUCCAUCUUUACGAUCGCAACUCUGACCGGACACUGUUGUCUGGCUGUUGGGGACAACUACUCGAUUAUUAUGGACAACGGACCGGCCCGUCAGAUGAAAACCGCUGAAACCAUUCAAAGCGCUGGACAUGAAAUCGGAGAUCCGUUCGAGAUAUCCACGAUUCGCAGAGAAGACUACGAAUUCAAUGUCGGAAAGUCUGAAUACGAAGACAUCCUUCACACAACAUUCAGGCGCUGUCAUCACGCUAUUGAUCUGUCGCCCCAUUUGGUCGGACAGGUGUUGUUCCCCAACAAAGUGAUUCUCAAACAGCCCUAUAAGAGGAUUCCGUUUGAAUCGAUUGAUUGGUUCAAUAAGUCGUUGAAUUUGCAACAGAAGCUGGCGGUCAUCGGCGCCCUUAAGGGCCACUCCCGACCCACGCCUUACAUAAUCUUUGGUCCGCCCGGCACUGGAAAGACUGUUACAAUCGUUGAGACCAUUCUUCAGGUGUUCGAUAAGAUCCCUGAGAGUCGGAUCAUAGCGUGCACUUCAGCCAACAGUUCGGCCGAUUUGAUUGCAAUCAAACUGUUAGAAAGCGGUCGCGUCUCCCCUUCCGACUUGACUCGUCUCUCGGCAUUGCAUCGUAUGAAUUCAAUCCCAGAAGCUGUGAAAACUGUGACCCAAUUUACCGGCGAAGACGAGAAGAUGUGGUUAUACCACAGGAUAAUAGUGACCACUUCCUCUCAAGCGGGCGUUGCCUUCAAGUAUAAGAUAUCUCCGUCUCAUUUCAGUCACGUGUUCAUCGAUGAGGCCGCACAAGUCACUGAACCCGAGUCUCUCAUUCCUAUCUCUAUGAGUGCCAUCGGGCACGGGGUGGUUGUGUUGGCCGGCGAUCACAGACAGUUGGGUCCAGUGGUGAUGUCACACAAAGCUAGAAACGGCCGACUCGACCGCUCUCUUAUGGAACGCCUUAUGACUAGCUGUGAGCCCUACUCCAGAAACGAUGAGUAUAAGAAGUACGGCUUUUAUAACCCGAGAUUUAUUACCAAAUUAUUGCAAAACUAUCGCUCGGAUGCUGUGAUUAUGUCGAUACCAUCGAAACUGUUUUAUGACAAUGAGUUGCAAUUCAACUGUUCCACUGAUACCCAACUCUUGAAAGCUAUGAAACUCGAUUCAGCCAUUAUUUUCAGUGGAGUUAAAGGUGAGGACCGUCAGGACCCCGACUGUCCCUCGUGGUACAACCCCAUGGAGAUCAUCCAGGUUUGCAGCUUUUUAGAGAAACUAUACAACGCUGCCGUUAAACCUGAAGAUAUCGGGAUAAUAACUCCAUAUCGAAAGCAAGUGACAAAACUGCGAAAACAUGUGUUGGACUCGGGUUUGGCUGAGUGUCGAGUGGCCACAAUCGAGGAGUUUCAGGGCCUCGAAAAGCGAGUAAUCAUUGUAUCGAUGGUUCGCUCGAAAUUGGAUCAUUUGGAUCAUGACUUGAAAUUCAAUUUGGGUUUCGUUCACAAUCCCAAACGUUUCAAUGUUGCCAUCAGUCGUGCCAUGGCUUUGCUCAUAAUCGUCGGUAACCCAUAUGUCUUAUCCCGAGACAAGUGUUGGAAAAAAUUACUUGACUAUUGUCUCGAAAACAACUAUUAUAUGGGCUGUGUUUACGAUGAAUAUAAGCCCAAACACCCGCUAACUAUGGGUUGAAUUGAUUUUCUGCUCAACUUAUUGAGUUUUAUAGCAUUAUAUAGUGUUAUGAAAGUUACUUAGUUUUAAAUUUCUGCUUAAUUUACCUGAAAUCACUGUUACCUAUGA